AUGAGUAGUAAUUUCCUGAUUCCUCAGGCUCAAGAACAAGAACUUAAAAACAUGUUCUUUAGAUAUAUGAACCAGUGGUUUAGUGAGCUCAUGCAGGGAAGAAAUUCGGCUCAGCAACCUCCACCCCCUACUGUACCCCUUAUAAUGCCUCUAGUUGCACCUCCACCUCCUUCAGUGUAUGUAUCUAGUAAACGUACUUCGAUUGAAAAACUCAGAAAGUAUGGGGUUGAAGAAUUUCGGGGUAGGUCAGAAAAUGAUCUAGUUAAAGCUGAGUAUUGGCUUCAAAAUACAAUAAGGAUCUUUGAAAAAAUUCCUUGUUCCCCCGAUGAUUAUUUAAGAUGUGCUAUUUCAUUAUUAAAAGAAGAGGCAUAUAACUGGUGGUCGACAAUAAUAGCUGUAGUACCAAAAGAGAAAAUUUUCUGGGAAUUUUUCCAAACUAAAUUUAAGAAGAAAUAUGUUGUAAAAAGGUAUCUAGAUAAGAAAAAGAGGGAAUUUCUUGAGUUCUACCAAGGAAAUAGAUCAGUAGCUGAGUAUGGGAGGGAAUUUGUAUACCUCAAUAAAUAUGUUUGGGAAAUUGUGCCAACCGAAGAAGAAAUGUGCAUCCGAUUUGAAGAAGGGUUGAAUGAUGAAAUCUAA